GACGCUUAUUCCAAUUCUGUAUUUUAUGCACGUGGAUGUCAAGCACUGCAAUUUCGAAGUUAGACUAGCCUUGACGUCUACAUGAUUUCAUUUUCGAAAUAAUCUUUGAGAGGAUUUUUAUUUAAGGAAAAAAUCAAGAAAAAGGCGGUUAAAUCAAGUAAAAGAUUUCAUUAAUUAGGUCUCUUGCAAAACCUAUAGGCCUAUAUUGUAAACAAUGGCGUCAUGGCAGCGUAAUAAACUUCCGGUGUGUCUUUGAAACAUGCAGAAGAAAAUGGCGAAAUAGUUAAGAAGAACAAUGACGACUUGAAAGAUCGAUUUCUCAUUGAGUGAUACCCUGUUAGUGACCCACACCUCCACCACAGGAAGAAAAUAUUUUCAAAAUGGCUGGUGUUGGGGUGGACACAAAGAUUUAUCCCAGAGAAAAAUAUGACCGAGUCACAUUUUCGGCAGAGCAGGGUGGUGCAGCCUCCUCCUCCAUGCCAGACUACAAGCGGUACCAGCAAGAGAGAUUCUAUGAGGUGCAGACCUCCCUAACACUUGAGGAGGCGCGAUACUCAGAAAUGCGCAAAAAAAUACCAGGACUGGGUCGUGUUCCCAAGGACCGCAUUCACAAACAGGAUCAGGAUAUUGAGUUUUGGAAAAGGAAGCAAGAGCAUGUCACUUUUGUGAAGCAGAAUUUUAGACAGAUAGAGUGCAGUAAAUUUGUGCCAAAACCUAAUCAGACCUUAGUGAAGAAAAUCAGAGACUUAAAGUGCCACUGUGGAGAGAUUUUGACGGAACAUGCCGGAUUGUCCAAUGCACAACCAAUGAAUAAUGUUCAGAGGGACAUUGUGGAAGCAUAUCUUAUCCCAGAGAAGUUACGUAGAAUCGUAAACCGCGAAACCCUUUUCAAAGCCCCUCCAGAAAACAUUCCUGUAGUUCCAUGGAGCAAAGAAGAAGCUUUCCGCGAGAAUAUUUCUACGACUUUUGGGAAAAUAAGUUUUGUGAACAAUGAUAACCAGAUUGGGGGCUCAAAACCUGCAAAGUAUGUACGACUGAGUCACAAAGAUUCAGUCGAUAAAUGUCUGGAGUUAAUGGGGAAACACUGGAAGAUAAUGGAACCUAAGCCGCCUAGCUUAUGUAUCUCCGUGAUCGGAGGAGCGAAGAGCUUCAAGCUAGACAACAAAAUGAGGGAAACCUUCAACACGGGUCUCAUCAAGGCUGCCAAGACAACCAAUGCCUGGCUGAUUACAACAGGAUCAAAUGUGGGCGUGAUGAAGGCAGUGGGAAACGCGGUCAGUGAGGGGCAGUCCUUCCUGUGGGACAAUGACCGUAUCACUCACACCCUGCGAUUGAUUGGCAUCGGUCCCUGGGGAUACGUGAAAGAUAGGAAAUACCUCGAGAGUGAUGGGAAUGGUCGUUUUCCAGUGCAUUUUAAGACAAGCAAUGUGAUUAUUCAUGGUAAGCCCGUCCCACUCAAUCCAAACCACACCCAUUUUGUGUUUGUUGAUGACGGAGUCAGAAAUACAUACACUGGAGCCUCGGAAUUCCGAGCGCAGUUUGAACAGAAGGUUUCCAAACCUACAGAGGCGGGGGGUCUGGGAAUUCCCGUUGUCUUGGUGAUUCUGGAGGGCGGAACUGAUGCGAUUCAUGAUGCCAUGGUGUCCCUCGAACAUAACAUUCCAGUGGUUGUCUGCUCAGGGACUGGGCGAGCGGCUGACAUCUUAGCUUAUGCAUACUCCCACACACGCAGCAAUAAAGGUGAGCUGAAACCCAAGCAUGAGGAGAAAUUGAAAGAAAAGAUUUUUGAUGCUUAUGGAGAAAGAUGGAAAGAAAAGGAGAUUGAUGAAAAUUUACAGAAGCAUUUGAAAAAUGUCAAAAGUUGCAUGGAUCACAGAGAUUUGAUCAACAUAUUCCCUAUGAACAAGCAUGAGGACUUGGACAUUGCCAUUUUAACAGCCCUGUUGAAUUCUAAAGCUGGAGAUACAUCAGAUGAAAUUCGACAGAACCAGCUGAAGUUGGCUCUGACCUGGGAUCGUGCAGACAUUGCUCAGGAGGAAAUCUUCAGAGAGGAUGUUCUCUGGCCCACAGGGAGUCUGAAUGAUGUUUUAAUGGAGGCCAUUAUUGAGGAGAGAGUGGACUUUGUAGCCUUGAUAUUACAACAAAAUGUCGUCAUGAAAGAGUUUUUGACAUCGCAGAGAAUGCAGGAUCUGUAUGAGAAGUCCCUGGCACGAACAGACAGUAUUCACCUCCAGAAGUUGAUGGACCGUAAGAUCAACACCCACAGGUUCUCGUAUGAUAAUCUCGCGCAUCUCCUGGAGUCCUUAAUGGACAAGUACGACCAUGACUAUGAAGAAGAGGAGUCAGAUGGGCAGAAUAGUGUGAAGGUCACUACAGUUCGGACAGCCGGGCAGAGGCACUUUAAGUGGCCGUACAAACAGCUGAUGAUUUGGUCAAUCUUGAUGUUAAGACAAAAGAUGGCAAAAUUUGCCUGGCAGAUGGGAAGCGAACCAGUGACCAGUGCUGUGGCAGCGUCCAGAAUUUAUGGAAGCAUGGCUGAACACAUCCAUCGCAACGAAUCUGCUCUGAAAGAGAAGAUUGUGGAGUACAAGGAUGAGUUUGAACAUCUGGCUAAGAGUGUCCUUGAGGAGUGUCAUGUGAAACAUCAAGAGAAAGCGAUGAUGUUAGCAGAGAGGAAGUCGCCGACCUGGAGCACGAUGACCAGUUUACAAAUCGCAGCAUCAGCCGAAAACAGGGCAUACCUGGCAUCUGUGGCAUGCAAGAAUUCUAUAGAUAACACCUGGAAUAGAGGAAUUCAAUCACAGCCUUCACAGGUGCUGGUGACAGUAUUUUGUCCGUUCCUUCUGUUUUCAUCCUUUUUGGAAGUUAACGCGAUGGGUGAAAAGAAAGCGGGAACCUUCCAGAAGAUCCUAACAUUUUACACAGCACCCAUUACAAAGUUUACCCAUCAUGCAUUCCUGUACAUGUUCUUUGUGGCCGUGUUUACAUACUUCCUGUUGGUGGACUAUCAGUUCUAUGAGAUCACCAACUUAGAGAUUGUCUGCAUAGUGUGGAUUUUCACGUUUAUAGUGGAUGAACUUUACACACUUCUGACAUUUCCGUCACCAACGUUUCAUGGAAAGAUACGUGACUGGUAUGGCAUCCUGAAGAUGGUGGACAUGUUGAAUUUGCUCCUAGCGCUGGUGGCAUUCAUUAUCAGGGUCAUUGCCAUGGAAACGUAUGCUCAUGAAGCCAAGGUCAUUUUCUCUGUGAACUGCAUCAUCUUUUACCUACGCAUCAUGAAACUUUACACAGCCAACAGCAGUCUAGGACCCAAACUUGUGAUGAUUAAGAUGAUGUUUGACGAAAUGCGUAUGUUCCUGCUAGUCUUGUUUGUCUUCCUUUUGGCUUAUGGUGUUGCCAGCCAAUCACUGCUCUUCAGUCAGAGAGAUGCAUCAUGGGAUAUCCUGCGAGAUAUUGUGUUUUAUCCAUACUGGCAGUUGUAUGGAGAACUUGAUUUCGAAGCUGCCAUGUCAACGGAUACAGACUGUGUCUCAAUGGUAGAGGGCCAGAGAUGGAACUCCACAAAAUCGCGCAUGGUGGCCCUGAUGAAAUGUCGCCAUGACUACUGGCUGGUGUACAUUCUGUGUGCGGGGUAUCUCAUUAUGGGGAAUGUUCUCCUCUUUAACCUCCUCAUCGCCAUAUUCAACCACAUCUUUACAAAAGUGGAGGAGAAAUCCAAUGAGAUUUGGAAGUUUCAGAUGUACUUUUUAACAAUGGAGUUUGAUAACAAGACUGCCCUGGUGCCACCCCUGAGUAUAUUCCCCCACCUAUACCUGUGUCUGAAGUGGCUGGCCAGGAGGACCUGCUGUGUAAAGAAGUCUAAAGGUGUACAGUUUACACAAAGACACCUGGAAUUCCUGCAGCUUUUCGAGAAGGAGGAAAUGGCUAACUAUCUUCGCCAAGUCAAGUCAGAGCAGAAGGACUCAACUGAGUCUAAACUACAGAAACGGGUUGAGGAACUGUUUAAGUUGGUGGAGGAGGAACUGACAGCAGACCAUGGCAGCAGUUCCUUUAACCAGACUUUAGGUGCCACCCAGACGGUCAAGAUGGCCAGAGAGACCACACAGCUGGAUGCCACCUGUCCUCUAGAACCCAGUGGCUGGCCAAAAACUGAUGCCGUCAUCGAGUAUGCAAAGAAAUUAGAAGGACAGGAGGGUGAGGGGGUUAAGCAGGACGCGAAGGAUUCAGAGGAUGUUGCUGAUGAUGACCAUGUCAAAAAAGAUAAAAAGAAGAAGAAAAAGCACAAAAAGGAAAAGAAGCAUAAAAAAGAGAAGCAGGAAGAGGAAAAAAUCAUAAACAUGGACCAGCAAAAUAAUGCCAAGCCUGAAAGCGAGGCUUGGAAAGAUAUUCCCACCCCUGCCUGGGGCCUACAGCCCCGAGACACCAGAAACCUGUCUCUCUCCACGAGAACAAGUCCUGAGUCAGCUCCCACAAGUCUGUUUUUGCAGCGUCGUCUCACACCGCAAAAUAAUUUGUCUGAAGACUCUGAGGACAGUGAGGAAAACUCGCGUGUCAAAGGUCAAGAGCCCUACAAUAUUCUCAGCACCCCUGCUCGCUCUCCAAGGUCAUCUAACUUUCAGGUCAGUGAUUCCGAUUCUGAUGUGCCAAGACGACAUCGGAUGAAAAAAACAAAACUUCGGGUGGAGAGCAGUACGGAGGAUGAACGGCGACAAUCCAAGAAGAGGAUAUUUAAACGACGAAGUCGGCAAUUGUCCGAAUCAGAUUAAACUGUGAAGUAUGGUUAUUUGUGUAGGCUAUUUUGAAUAAUUACCUUCUUAGGAUUAUAAUGUUGAAGAAUUGAGGAUGUUAGAAACUGAAUGUUUUGUUCAAUAUAUGAAUGAAAAUUUCAAAUUUCAUUAUUAGAAGCGAGUAUGAGAUGAUGAGUUGCUAUAAAGAUGUUUUAUGUUAUUGCUUAGGUCAAGGAGUUGUGAAAACAGUUGUAGCAGGAAUUUUUUUCGUUGGAAGCAAGAGCACAAAAGACUUAUUUUCUGUUACAAUGACCUGAUUUUUUACAAAUUCAGAUUGGAAAAGUUAGCAGAUAAACAUGACAUUAGCAGUGAUACAUUGGGUAAUUCUAAAACGCUGAAAAGAUGCAGCUGUAUAAAAACAUCUCAUAUGAGGAUAUUUUUCCAAGUCACUGAAUUUUGAAGAUAUGCAUCCUGGCAUGCAACAAUGUACAUAGUUGUAAUGUAUACAAAUUAACAUAAAUCUUUUCCACUUUCUGAUGUUAUUAUUGGCCAAAUUAAUCUCCUGUUUUAGAGAGCUCCGUCAAGAGAGACUAUUUUGAAACCGGGGUAUUUAUGGUUGUAUAUAUGAUGUAUGAAAUUAUGUAUUUUAAAUUUUAUUUAUGAUUAUUUUUAUAUGCCUGUCUUUGGACAGGAGAUAUUGUGAUACCAUGAUGUCUGUCAGUCUGUCCAGGCUUUCUGCACUGUUCUCCCAAUAAUAUUGUGAAUUGAAACUAGCUGCAUACUAUUUUAUGGUAAAUGAUUGAACUUGUGUUUCACUCCCUUUGGAAGAGUUAUGUCCCUUCAUGUGAAACUAACUGUAGUAUGUACAGGGUGUGUGAUUUUUUAAUGCCUCUCAUGGCUUUCAAUCUAUCGCAUCAUUUCAUUCUUUGUUUGGAUAUUGAAAAAAUGUGGACUUUACAUAAAUUCGACUUUAAUUUUUAUAAUUUUCAGAUUGUUAAAUUUGGGGAAUAUUAGGAAAAAUUUGGUUCGUUGUGUGUUUUUAGGGUUAAAGGUCAUUGAGUGAUUCACGGGUAAUAAAGACCUAUAUUGUGCCUGUGACAAACAUUUUGACUUUCUGAAACUAUGUAAUGAGUGGUACAUAACGAUUUUAAGGUUUCAAGGAAUUUCACUCAAUAUAGUUCCUUAUUGAGUUUUGGGGCAAGUUCAGUUCUAUGUAAGGAUUUCUUUGUAUUGUGUUUGUGAAUAUAAUAUUCAUCAAAUUUAGUUUUAUAGAUGUUACAAAUUAUGGACACAGAACUUUGGUUUGAAUACUCAGGUCUUGACUAUCACAGUCUGUUUCCUUACUGGUACUGUUGAAUUUGAGAUGUACAUAUGUUUUUAAAGGAAUGCUUAGUACUUGUAAAAUUAUUUUAUUUAUAUAAAUUAACACAAGUAAUUGUAUUUUACGACAAUGAAAUUAAUAUUUUCUGUAUCGCGAAUGAGGACCAUGGAAAUAUCUGGAUCAUGUUAUCAGUGAUUCGGAUCAAUCCUGGUGUUGAGUUUUUGUCAGGGAUAGUAACAUAGUCCAUUAAAAGCACUGACUGACUGUCCAAAGGUGUACAAUUAGCUAGUGUUUUUGUAGUCAGUGCAGAUUUUAAACAAAGCAGAUCAACUGUGAUAUACAUGUAUCUGAUGUUAAAUUUGGGACGUGUAUUUUGAUGCUUAUAAUCACACACUAAUUGCCAAUACAUCUCCUAGUCAUUGCUGAUUUAUUCAUGUAGCUUAGCAGUCACUGUGUAGUGUAGCAGUCACUUUGUAGCGUAGCUGUCACUUUGUAGCGAAGCUUGCAGUCAGUUUUCAUCAAUUAGUAUUUUGAUUGCUCAGACUUAUGCAAUGAAAGUUGUAAGAUGUUUGAUCUGAUUUUCCAGAAAACCAUUUUAUUCUAUAAUAAUAACCAUAUCAUAUAAACAUUCCAUGAUAGAAUAUUUCAAUAAUUAUUUAUACAGGGUUAUAAAUUUUAUCUGAUUUUGUGAUAAUAUGUCUGCCCUUUCAUCUGUUUUACUUUUUCUUUUUUAAUUUCUUAUUUUUGUAUACUGUAAUUUAUUUUCAUUUUUUACCGAUGAACCUAGGUAUCUUUCGAAUAUUAUGUUGUUGUGUAUUCCUUUUGAGAUUAAUAUUAUUUUAAUUCGAUGAUUCCGUCCAUAUACAUGUACACUUUUCUCAAUGCUCAUUACAUUCUUUAUGAUUUAUCAUACUUUACAUAAAAACCCUGUGAUAAUUUUGAUCACAAUUGAAUAGUAAAACAAACCAGUGUGUUGUGAUAGAGGAACUGUCUUUAUCUGUUUUAUUUCCAGUCCAAAAUAAUUGCCAUGGAAAUUAUUAUGUUACACACCCACUGCUCAAAGUUGUUUUUAUUCACAAUGAUUCUAUUGUGAGUAAUGUCUGCAAAUUUACGAGUUUCCAAAGUUUACCCUUAGUGGUAUCUUCAUUGAUUAUUUGUCUAAGCACAGGCACCUGAAGAAUGGAUACAACUACUACUAAUACAAUGUAUUUUAUUAUACCGGUAAAAGGCCAAUCUUUGAAGCUUACAAAAAGCGUGAAACGAUUACAUAAAUCGAAAUUGGGAUGAGAUUGACAGGGAAUCCACACAUUUUGGAGAAAUUAUCACUGUCAAAAAAGAAAGAAAAAUAAAUAAAUAAUGAUAAGAAGAAAAGGGUUGGGGUGUAGUAACAUCAGGUGUGUGUUAGUAGAAUAUUUCAAUCACAUUUUCAAAUUUUCUCCUCAUGGUAAAAAAAAACAAACCAGGAAAUGCGGACUUGUUAAUAAGUCAAGAAAAUUCCCACCGGUCCUCGAUGCACCAUCUCGGGUUUGUUUUUUGGAGUGUUAUUACAGGUUAUUGCACAAUUAUAUAAUGUGAAGAUGCGAUAGAAUCUUGUUGUAACAAUGGGAAAUGUGAAACGUGUUUUACUUGUGGAUCUGUGGUGACUUAGUUUCCAGCCAGUAUAUCUAUUUAUAGAUCUAACGUAAAUUUAUGUGCUGAUAUUACUCACAGCUGUUUAGGUAUUGAUAUGUAUGAUAUGCUGAUAAGUACCUAGAAAAUACACAGUCAUAUACUUAGUGUCUCAUUCAUAAUCAGAUACAUGUACUAGGACCAAAAUUAAUGUGCCUCAUGCAUAUUCAUAUAGUAGAACCAAACGAAAGUAAAUAGUUAAGGAGGCAUAACUCAUCCACAAAAAUUGUCAUGAAAAAAGAAAUUACAACAUGUUAUAGUGUUAGAUAUUGAAAUAUUGCCUUGUGUAGUGGAAAGUUAUUUAGUAUAAAAUGCUCAAGAAAAACAUUGAAUCCCAAGGACUCAAACCAGGAUGUCUAGAUUGUCAGCUUCACACUUUAAUCCACUGAGUAACCUUAGACGGGUGAAAAAUUUAAAAGGACAAAAAAUAUAUAUCUGAUUAAUAGUGUCCUAUUGAAAAAUGGUGACAAUGUGUCAUGCCUCCUUAAUAUAAUCAAGUACGAAGUGUUUAAUGUUCACUGACUUAGUCUGCUCUAACUUUCAGUUUAUAUUUAAAUAGUUUAUUACAUUUGUUGAUGAAUAAAUAUUUAAUUCUG